AUGCAAGCUUUAGAGGUUUAUUUUCAAUGUUUCACUGUAACAUCAUUCAUAUUUGCUGUAAUCAUUUUUUUCCUAUUUUCAAUAUCUAAAUAUAUGAAAAAACUUGAUAAAAAAGAAAAAAAGAGAAUACGAGCAAUUAAUAAAUUACAAGAAACAGUACCAUUUGAACAGGAAUUGUCAAAAGAGGGUAACCAAACAGGUGUUGAAUCUACAAGAUGCCAAGAUACGGUAGAAGAAAGUAUUACAGAAAUGUCUAAUUAUGAAACACAUUGUGGUUCUUUGAUUAACAAUCAAACUGAGUACUUUGAUAUUUCAUGCUGCAAUCAGGAUUCAGUUCCAUGUCACAGACACGGCAAAACUUCGACUAACAAAUUUCCAUCUAGUUAG